AUUUUUUCUUGCCUGGGACCGUGUGGCCACAACAACACACAGUCACAGAGCUCAUUCAGGGAAAGAUGGCGACUCGAGUCCUCCAAAGUGUGGGAAACGGCCUCAACCAUGCUAAAAAGAGUGUCAGAGGGAACCAGCAAGUUUCUCUCACGAUAAGGUCUCUCUCUGCAUCACCAAGUAAAAACCGCGAGGACAGCUGGUUCAAGUCUCUCUUUGUGCGCAAAGUGGACCCCAGGAAAGACGCACAUUCACAUCUGCUAGCCAAGAAAGAAGAGCAUAACCUCUACAAAAUCCAGUUUCACAAUGUCAAACCAGAGUGUCUUGAUGCCUACAACAAGCUUUGUGAGAAAGUGCUUCCCUCCAUCCACACCGAUCCUCAGUACACGUGUGAGCUGGUGGGAACCUGGAACACUUGGUAUGGGGAGCAAGAUCAGGCAGUUCAUCUGUGGAGAUAUCGAGGUGGAUAUCCAGCCUUGACUGAUGUGAUGAACAAACUCAAGAAGAGUCCGGAAUUCUCGGACUUCAGAAAAGAGCGGUCAAAGAUGCUUUUGUCCCGUCGGAACCAGCUGCUUUUGGAGUUCAGCUUCUGGAAUGAGCCUGUACCCAGAGAUGGGCCGAACAUAUACGAAUUGAGAUCGUACCAGCUCAGGCCUGGGACUAUGAUUGAGUGGGGAAACUACUGGGCGCGGGCCAUUGAGCUCCGUCAGGAGAACCAUGAGGCUGUUGGCGGCUUCUUCUCUCAGAUUGGGAACCUCUACCUGGUGCAUCACCUCUGGGCUUACAAAGACUUGCAGUCCAGAGAGGAAACUAGAAACGCUGCCUGGAAGCACGAAGGCUGGGAUGAGGCGGUCUACUACACAGUCCCUCUGAUUCAGCACAUGGAGUCGAGAAUAAUGAUCCCGACGAAAGCGUCUCCUCUGAAGUAGCCAAUCGGAAGCCACCCAGCAGGUGAACAUGGAACUCAUUUCUAGGGAAGUGAAUCACCUGUGACGGAUUCCACAGCCUUGGACAGCCAUCGGAUUUCAAAACGCUAGCACGCUUUCCUUUGUUUAAUGUCUCUCUCUCUCUCACUCUUCUCUCUUCACUACGACUGUUCGCCGUUAAAGACGAAUCAAAAAUGAAAAGAAAUCUUAUCUCUGUAAAUGCUGCCGCAUCUGACACCAUUCAAAUCAAAGAAACGGUUUCCUUUGGAAUUUUGACCCAUUCCUAGACAGCCAUGAUGAUGGAAUUUUGCUGGUUUUAAAAUGCAUCCAUUACCUUUGUAUGUGCAAUUAGCAAAAAUAUUUAUUGAAAACAAAACUGAGAAUCAGCAAAUGGAGAUGAUCAUGAAAAUGUCUGGGAAGAGUGAUUGUAUUUGACACCACAGCAAAUUGACCUCAGUAAACAUACUAACAACUCGCAGUAUAUGUUGCCUUGUUGUAGUUGUACCCCUUUGAUCAGUUGUCUGUCUAUUUUUCUGUGGACCCAAAAUACAAUUUUUGAGAUUGAUUAUGUUCUUCCACUGCAUUUUUGGGCAUUCUUUGGUUCUGUAAAAAGUCAGUUACUGUUGGGUGUGUGAUGGACAUGUCGUCACAUGACUACUCAAAUGUCGUAAUUAAUGAAUAAUUCAUUAAAAGAAGCUAUUCCUGAUACCUGACUCAACAGCUCCUAGUAUGUAGGGCCUCUAUUCAUUUGGCAGAGUGUUCUCAGUGUGUCUCCGCUGACUGUUUGCAAAAGUUUGACAGCAUGCUGUAGCUCAAAGAAGCUGAAUUCAAUUGGCCCCCAUUUAACCAGAGACAACAUUUUAGACCCUGAGAUCAGAUUGCUGAAACCGUAAAGAUAGGCAAGUAUGCCACAUAACAUUCUUAUAUCAUGGCAACCACAAUACAAUCGCAACACAAUUAUUGUGUUGCAUAAAGUAAAAUGAGAACUUCCUGUCGGUUAAUGAGUCAGUUACUGCAUCUUCUCCUGUCAAGAACAUUGAAGACAGAUUUAUCAGGUGUUAUCAGGUUCCAGAGUUGCUUGGAUUUUUGUUACUUAUUACGCGUUGGCAGUGUUGACUACAGAGGCACUGUUACAAAUCCAGCCUUGGAUGCCUAAAACAGGUUAGCUGCUUGAUCUGUGAAGGAAGUGCAUGGGCCUUUUAAUAGUGUAGGUCCAAUCUUGUAAUGGUUAGGAUUUGGAUUUGUGAGAUGAUUAAUGCCUUGCAAGACGACUAGCAAAUAAUUGUAUUUUCUUUGUGGGGUAUGAAAUGUUUGAUGUGCUGUGAUUUUAUCAACAUAGAGUACAUGCAUAUGAAUUGUAAUAUUUUUCUACAGUGAUGAUGCUUUUGUUUCCAUUUAAGGAAAGCUUGUCACUGAAAGUAAGCCAUUAAAUCCAUUAUGUUUACA